UCGAUGUUUCACAGCGGACACUCAUUGGAAACGCACAUUUGGAGCGCAUUGACGACGCAGUUAUCUGACUAGUAUUUGUUUUUGUCGACAGCAGCUUCGGACAGAGCAGUCUGUCUUAUUAAAUUUUAAAUAUGUCUAUUUUUACGCCAACAAAUCAAAUACGGCUGACAAAUGUGGCGGUGGUGAGGAUGAAGAAAGGAGGGAAGCGCUUUGAAAUCGCCUGCUACAAGAAUACAGUUGUGAGCUGGAGAACAGGAGCAGCGAAAGACCUGGAUGAGGUUUUGCAGACCCACUCAGUCUUCGUUAAUGUGUCCAAAGGGCAGGUGGCCAAGAAGGAUGACUUGACCAGCUGUUUUGGGACAGAUGAUCUGACAGAAAUCUGCAAACAGAUCCUGACCAAAGGAGAGCUCCAAGUGUCUGACAAGGAAAGGCAGUCUCAGCUUGAGACGAUGUACAGGGACAUUGCAACUAUUGUGGCAGAGAAGUGCGUCAACCCUGAGACAAAGAGGCCGUAUACAGUCAGUCUCAUUGAGCGGGCGAUGAAGGACAUCCACUACUCCGUUAAGGCCAACAAGAGCACUAAACAGCAGGCUCUGGAAGUGAUCCGGCAGCUGAAGGAGUCCAUGGAGAUCCAGAGAGCCCACAUGAGGCUGCGAUUGAUGCUGCCAACCAAGGAGGCCAAGAGGCUGAAGGAGAAGCUGAAACCGCUCCUGCAGGUUGUGGAGAGUGAAGACUUUGAUGAGCAGCUGGAAAUGGUGUGUCUGGUGGAUCCCGGCUGCUUCAGGGAGAUCGAUGAGCUGAUCCGCUGUGAGACUAGAGGCCGAGGAUCUCUGGAGGUUCUCAGUCUGAAGGAUGUGGAGGAGGGUGACGAGAAGUUCUAGUAACCCAACCAGUCUGACUCAGCACCUUCUCCACACUAACGCGCUUCACUACGGCACUCAAACUGCAAACUCUCUAAGAGAAUAUAUGUUUGAUGUGAUUCAUGCUGAUUUCAGCUAAUCCUGUUUCUGAGUCUCUCUACGUUUUUAAAAGGGAUUUCUUCAACUGAAAGGAACGUUUUGCCAGAUUUGCAUGCUGGGUGGAAUGUAUUUUGAAAAUUAAUUUAAGCAUUUAUCCCUAAACCUGCAGGUCAAUAGAAAGUUCUGGCCUGCUUUCACGUAUAGAUUCAGCUUUGUAUUUCCGUACCUCAGUACCAUUAACAGAGCUGCCUUCUAUCAGACUGUGCCAUAUAGUCGUGCUCAAUAUCCCGUAAUAUAAUUACUUUAAUCCAAAAACUUAUAUUUUGUCAUAAUGAAUGAGCUUUCUCUGUAGCAAAUAAAUAUUUAAAAAAAA